AGUAGACGUGGUGGUGUUGCCGGGGGCUCCGAGGCGGAGGUGAUGGGCAGCAACGUCACAUACUUCAUCUCCUCCCCGCACUUUUAUAUUCGGUGACGUAAGGCCCGGAAAGUACUUUAAAAAGGAUACCGGACACCCCGCUGCUGUAGUGCACCAAGUACAGCUCACUGGUUGUUCGUUUGGGUUGUCUUGGUUCGUUUAGGUUGUCUUCGUCGGGGAUAAGUUGGACCUGUCGUACCUCAUAAAGCGGCGAAGCGCGUGUCAAAACACCUGAGGGAGAGACAGAACCGCUUCGUUUCUUGUGCAGAUUUGUCAAAACACAAACAGGUCUCACGCCUUCUGCUGAUCCUUCUUUGGAGAGAAACUAUAGAAAAGCCUCGUUGUUUUCCAUUCAACAGAGUCAAUGGCUGUGACCGCUCAGUGCAGCUGCCUCUGGAUGCUGCUGACCUGCACAUGUGUUUGGCUGGUGGCUGGAUCAGACUGCGGGACGGAGUGUGCACCUUGUGUAUACGGUCUGCAAGGACAAAAGUCUGCUUUCUCAUCUCUGACAUGCUCACCUGAGUGCGAGAGUGUGAUGGAUAGCCAGAGACUUCGCAUGUGCAAGGACUUUUUAUUUGAGACUGAUGACAAUGUUUCUGUGGAUGCUGACCUCCUUCAGCAGCCAAAUCAGGAAGCUGUGGAAGCAAUGAUGGCUGAAGAGGCUGUAAGUUCACCCAAACACCAAAUUGGCAAAAAGUACGGAGGCUUCAUGAAACGUUAUGGAGGUUUCAUGUCUCGUCGUUCGUCGUCUGCACAGGGGGCGCUGAAUAAACAAGCAAACCACAAUGAGGAAGAAAACCUUAGACUCGGGAUUUUAAAGAUCAUUAGCGCUACAAAAAAUGAUGGCAUGGAUGAAGGUAGGAAUGAAAACGAGGCAGUGAAGAGGUAUGGAGGCUUCAAUGGUCAUCUUGAAGAGGAUGUGGUAAAAGGCAAUCUUCUUGAGGCAGUUUUGGGUCAUGGUCUUAAGAAGCGUUACGGAGGGUUUAUGAGACGUGUGGGAAGACCUGAAUGGCUCGUGGAUAGCAGCAAGACUGGUGGCAUUCUAAAAUCCUCUUGGGAAAAUGGAAGUGGGCUACAGAAGAGGUACGGGGGCUUCAUGGAUUAGGAGCCAAAGUGAUGAUCCUCUCCCCUUUUUCUUUGAGAGUUUUAUGUUAACUUAAUGUUAACUUAUGUUGAACUGUGAACAUGUUUAUGCUUGCAUCAACCUUUUCCUCAUAUAUUAACUGCAGUGUACCAUCUUGCUUUGUAUAAUGUGCUCUGUAGACUUAAUUGGUUUUCCUUGUCCAAGUAUGAUAAAUAACAAAAAUAAAUAAAAAAUAUAUCACCAUACAGCAGCACUUUAUUUUUAAAGGACUUUAUCAACAUCAGCAAGACUGACCCAAGUGCGGUAUCAUAACAAUCUAAUUGAGAGACCAAAAAAUGAAAGGUAAAACAAAACACACACAAAAAG